GGAGGUUCGAUAUUUAUUGCGUGUUGAGGAUACGGUGGGGUUCGUUUUAGUGCGUAAUAAUCAUGUGAUUAUCUUGUCAUGAAGUGCAUAAUGUUAUGUAAUUGUAAGUUAUAAUAAAGUAAAAUUGUGAAGUGGCACUUGCCGAGUGUAGAUGGAGUGUGUGAACUGGUUUCACAAUAGGACUGUUGUAUUAUUAGAUUCGUACGGUUUUUCGUAGUUGAAACAAAUAACAGGUGACACUUAAUACUUUACUGUUUAAGAAGUAUUUGCUAUAAUUUUCAGGUGAAAAUAGGCAUUAAACAUGACCGAUUCACGUGCAAAGGAUUUCCAUAUUCAAGUGAUUGUUGGUACACUUAUUGAAGCUGCUGCUGACAGAGAUCAUGCAGUGCGUGAAGUUGUCAUCACUUCAUUACGGAGAAUUGCACAGAAACAUGCAAGUGUUGUGCUAAAAGAUAUGGUUGCAUAUCGAAUGAGAAAUCCCAAGCUUACAGCAUCACAUCUGAUAGCACUGUUGCAAGCAAUGGAGCAGAUAUGUAAGGAACGCUUUCAAGAUAUUGAUGAUGAUGUGGUGCAUCAGUUGAUAGAAUUCAGUGUUGAAGAGAUGACUCAGACUGCAGACUACCUGCCAGACCAACAGUUGCCCACAUCAGGUAUUCUUGUGGCUCUGGGACAAGCUCACUGCAUUGAGGUGAUGGAAGGCCUUCUCAGGCAGUUCCAACCAGGUGUAUAUCCUCACUAUACAAUUCUUCAUACCAUGGGAGCUCUAGCUUCAGCCAAUGUGUUUGGUAUAGUGCCAUUUGUUAAAGCAACAUUGGGUACAAUGCUCCCUAUGGUGGGCCUGCUACGAAAUGAUGCUAUGAAGCAAGUGUUCUCAUAUACUCUGGGGAGGUUCUGUGAUGCAGUGUCUGAGUACUUAGCAAACAUUGACCAUGCUCCAGAUCCUACAGUGAAGAAAGAAGCAUUUUCAUCAGAAAUAAAUAUAGCUUAUGAUGUCUUGGCAAAUACAUGGAUUCAUAUCCGGGAACCAAAGGUCUGUGAGACUGUAUUACAAGCAAUUGGUCUGAUGUUCCCCCUGCUUCCAUCUGAGAAAGUUACUGAGCAGGUUCCAAGACUUGUUCCUGUUCUGCUUGGUCUAUACCGACGCAGUGUGGAUCCAUAUCCUAUAACACAAUGCCUUUCAGCUGUCUUGGAUGUGGCCCUUUCUCUUAACAAAAGUACUGUGGAACCACUUUUGGAUAAUCUGCAGAAUAUCAUGUUUGAUUUGGUAUGCACAUCACCAGACUAUGCCCAACCUGAGACUGCAAAGAAUCAUUAUGAAGUUCUGCGAUGCUUCAACUGUAUAGCGGGCCAUUUCCUGGACAGAGUCAUUGAACUUCUGAUUCAGCAGCUAAAAAACAACAAUGACAGAGAGAGAAUUAAGGCCCUUUUUGUUGUCACCCACCUUGUGAAUUCGUCAGAAAACCUUAUUCACCCCAGGAUUGCGAACCUUCUGACUGCUUUGAGAAAUAUGCUGGGAGAACAUAAUGUCAAGGUGAAGAAAGUGCUUUUGAAGGCUAUAGUUGCCUUUGCUUCUCAUGGAUAUUUGGAUGGUACUGAAGGGAAAGAAUGUGUGGAAUUUAUUGUGAAACACUGUUGUCCUCAUCCAGCAUCAGUUGUUGGGAAAGACUUAAACAAUAGUAGCUUGCUGGAGGAACUACAAGGGACCUGUGCAAACACUCUCUAUCUCCUGGCAACCACAGUUCCACACAUAGAAAACACACUGUGGCCAGUGUUGCUUCAUUGUCUGCUAGCAAGUCAGUACACUCCGGCAUGCUCUCAUAUUGCACGCUGUCUAGUAUAUCUUGCAACAAAAAGGAAGGACCAACUGAACUUCACUGAGAGCUCUGCAAAAUUGAUACAAGAGGUGAUAGGUCCACAUGUUAUACUGGGUCGUUGUCUGGCGCUACUGGGUUGUCCACUCAAGUCUGGCAGAGGGAUUUACAUCCUUCAGUUCCUCAGGAAUUAUGUUUUGAAUGUCAGUCGUCAUUUGAAACCGCUGUGGGAGAAGAAGAUACCAGAGCUAGUCUGUCACAUUGAUCGUUGUAAAGACAAUUGGGAUGAACGGGUUUGGGAAGAUCAUCUUCUUCAGUUUCUGUCAGAAACUCUGACUGAGGUGGAUGAAGAAAAAUGGUCAGUUGGUCUGGGAGUGAAGCUAAUGGAGCAGUCAUCACUUUAUCAAAGCUAUCCAGAGGAGCGAGGCAUGCUGUUCAAAUGCCUAGCUGUUAUAGUUUGCCAUACCACUGAUACACAGUUCAUCAGUCAACAACUGGAUGUUAUAUUGAGUUCCAUGAGACAGAACUCAACUAAUGAAAGCAAGGCUUGUGCAAGAGCAGUUGGGAUCUGUGCUCGCAGCCACUUAGAGUUGGUGUUACUUAAAUUAGAGAAGAUGAGAAAGGAGGAGCUGAUACGCAAAUCUUCUCGUCUUCUUAACUUCAUGAAGGAUGUGAAGCAUGAGGUUGAGGUGGAGCGAGUAAGACUGACACUUUUGCUGUGUUAUGGUGAGGUGGCACUUCAGGCCUCAGACACGCAGUUGCUGCCACAGCUGGAGCAAGGUGUUGCACAAUGGGUGCUUCAGCAAAUGCAGACUGCUAAGGAUGCAUCAGUUAGAGAAGCAUCACUCAGAACACUUGGCAACAUUGCAGAAGCACUUCAUCCUAAUCGCAACACACUGCAUGUCAUUCUUCAGAGUCGUAAUGAAAUGCUGAGUCAGACAUUGAGUCAGCUGCAUCCUCAGUACAGCAACACUGGCCCUAUCAAUAGACGACUUGAGUUAUAUCCCAUUGUUCUGCAUGUUGCAACAGCUCUUAUUAAAUUGCCACCAUCUCUGACAGCAGCAGAACGAGUGUCUGUCCUGAAGACUUGUUUUGACAGGGUAUACACUGCUGUAGCUCUCAUGGAAGAGGACAUCAAUCCUAAUGAAUCUCCUGGUGAUAUUAACAACAGUGUGGAUGUGGGGUGGGCAGAUCAUAUGAAUCUCAUCCUAGACUGCCUAGGUUCACUGGUCCAGGAACUUCUUCUGGACUCCGUAUCUCCUGCCACACUUGAUGACAUCUUUACACUUCUGGAACCAUGGCUAAUCAAGAAAAGCUCUCAACAGAGAGCAGCAUCUAUUAACACGCUCCAUUCUGUUUUGCAGUGCUACCUGGAUAAUGUAAACUUUUCAUAUGAGGCUCCUAGCAAGUUCAGCCAGUCUGGCCUGAUUCUGGGACGAGUGGUGCCACGAUGCACAGACCCCGGUAUGGCAGUGAGGCAGGAAGCUGUCAUUUGUGUGCAGUUAGUGCUUUGUUUGGCAGCACUUUAUGAGGGUUGUGUGGCAGACCAUGAUAAUGACUGUGCAAAUGACCUCUCACAAAUUCGAGACAAGUUUCUGACUGAAGAUCCAAAUGAAUUGUUCAGAGUUACAAAUGAAUUAGCCAAGAUAAUAUGUGCCAGGUUACCACAUAUUCAACUUAUCCAUUUCUUGGAUAGCCUUUUGGAUGGGCUGUUGGAUGUAGAGCCAUGUAGCUCAAGUGGCGCAAGUGUGGUGCUAAAUAUUCUGAUCAAAUCCAAGGGGGGAGAACUGUAUCACCAAGUUAAUGACAUACUGUGUAACAUCUUGGAGAGGUUGGUGAACAUUCAGUGUGUCCAGACCCGCAUGGGAAGUGUGCGGGCAAUACAUGCUCUAGCAAAUCACCACCCAAAGGCUGUAGUAACUGGACUCCUAAAGCAACCACUGCCAUAUGAUGUGUCAGUGGUUGAGUGUUGGACAGUACUGGCUCAAGAUCCUGUCCUCUCUGCAGAUAUUAUUGAGCAGUUUCUACAGCUUGUAAACAAUACAGCACCAUAUAGUGAGCAGACAGACGAGAACAAACUCAGGAUAGCAGCUUUGCAGCCGCUUGCUGCUAUAAGUGAAAUGCAUGAAAUGUUUCAACUUGCUACAAUGCACGAUAUUGCUGUGAAGAAAUUUCCAGAACUGUUUUCGGUUCUGCUGAUUGCACUGGGUUGCUAUGUUGGUACUUCACCACCUAUCUAUACUCCACAAAAUACAAAGAGCAAGAAAGACAAGUCAAUUUUUGUUCCUAAUCGAAAUGCAUAUAGACUUAUUCCAGCAAGGGUUGCUGUUGAAGCAUUUAAAUCUUUCUUGUUAUGUUCAAAAUGUGAGAAUGUAGCAGAAGCAUUACUCCAGUGCACACGUAUGGAUGCUGGCAACAGUCUCAGUUCUUUCAUUCAUAUGGUUCCUGCUCUCACAAGAGCUCUUUGUUCCCGCAUGCCUCAGUCCAUGCUUCGACUGGUGACCUGCCUGAAUCAGUAUGGUGCCAGCACUUUUGAAUCACAGAGAAUAGUAGUUGCUGCUUUUUAUGCAGAGUUAGUUCCCCUGAAUGCCGGUGGGCAAGCUGUGUUACUGGGAAGCAUUGUAAGCAAUCUGUUGAGUUUUUUGAAUGACCCAUCCCCUAUAGUAAGACGGCUCUGCCUUAAGGGCUUGUCUUCAGUGUCUCAUCUUGCCCAAGAACAGAAUCAGCAUUGUCAGCCUGUUCUAUCAGCAUUAAUCCAGGGACUGGAUGACCAUGAUAACAGCAACAACAUUCCACUGGAAGCUAUGAAGGGAUUCUCACAGAUGCUACAAGUUGUGGAUGUGGAGCAUGUGCAAGGUGUUCAGGUGUCUGUUGCAUUACGGAUAAAGCCAUUUUUUGAGAAUGAAAAUCCUGAUGUACGAGAAGCUGCUUUUCAAAUGUUUGGAGAUCUGGCAAAAUAUGGAGGAAUGAAUUCCAAAACAGCUUUUCAAGAGCAAGUCACUGGUAACUUGGUGUGCCUUCUGCUUCACUUAGAUGACAGCAGCAAAACUGUGGUCAAGGCUUGUAAGUAUGCACUGAGACAGUCAAGCCCUCUGUUAGGAGCAGAGAGGAUCAACAAGAUGAUGCAGGACCACCUGAAAGAUGCUGGAAGUUUGCAUUAUCCAGACUUCAUGGCUGAUCUUGUGAAGAUAAUUGUUGAAGAGUUGGCUGAAAUUACUCCAACUCUUGUGAUGAAUGCACUUGUGUACAUCAAGAGUUCAUGGCCAGUGAUACGAGGAAAUGCAGCCAUGUUUAUUGGUAAGGUUUUGAAACCAAGCACCAACCUAGUAACAGGUCAUCUAUAUGGAAAUCUACCUGACUUUAAUAAUGUAAACAAAGUUCAAUUGGACACAGUAUGUGCUCGUCUCAUCCAACUCCUGCAGGAUGAUGAUAAGGAGGUGCGAGCCAAGGUGGCAAAAGCUUUGAGCUAUCUUGUUAUGGUGUAGCUAAUGUUACAGAAUUGUGACUGAAUUUGAGGAAGUACAAGAACGGACUGAAAUUGUAAAUUUCAUUCCCCAUAACCAAAAGAUAAAGUGCCUGUGAUAUGAGAAUUAGCUUAACUUUGUUUCACCAGGUAACCCAACAGGGUUAAUUUGUUAUAUUAGUUUUCUGUUUAUACUUUUAUAAAAAACCCAAUACUUCCAAGUUGUUCCUUAUAUUCAGUUAUAUUUUUUGUAUAAUACUGGCAUGUUUUUUCAAGAUCUGCUUUAGUAGAUGUCUAGA